AUCAAGAUGGCAGCCCCCAUAGGAAACGAAUCAGAGAGGUUUGGUUGUGUUUUUGUGAGAAGAAUGCUGUCACUGAUGUGGAGGUAACAACGAUGAUGUAAAAAGACCAGAUAUCACUACACAACUGCUUCAAUUAUAAAUUUAUAUCAAGUAAAAUAGAAAACUAAAUGAACUAUGGGCGUACUGUGUUUACAACCUGUGCACCUGAACACACAAAGGGUAUGGUGCUGUUUACAUGGAUCAUUGAGAAAGUCCUUCAUUAGACCUGGACUACGGACAAACAUGACCGAUGGUCUAACAGUGACUACUGUUUCGCUGAAACCGAACCAUCAUAAGCAAUGUACCCUACAUACAGCAGACAGCACAAGGCAUCAACGACACCACAGUGGGUCGAGCCAACCAGUACAGAAGAAACUUUUGAAUUCGCCUUGGACGUCAAUGCCAGUUGCAGCCACAAAACCCCGAUUACUACACAGCUUUCAUCCAAGACGUAGUGUAUCCACCCAACCUACUACAGCUUAUGAGAUUGUCUUAGCUUCUAAACCAGUACAAGUAGCCCAGAGUCUCCUCAAGACGUUCCAUGAUGUGACGGGUCUGCCGUGGUGGGCAAGCAUCAUCCUAUCAACCUUCUUGUUCCGCGGGGUUCUAACGUUACCCCUUGGCGUCUAUACCCAGUACAUCAAAGCAAAAGUGGAAAGACUUCAACCUGAGAUUGUCUUAAUGACCAAGGGAGUGUUUGUCCGACGCUUUGGUGCGAGAGCAAAAGCAGAAGGUUGGAACGAGAAGAAAGUAGAGAUGACACUUGUAAGAUUGUCUAAGCAUUGCUCCAAGGAACUAUUUGUUCGAGAUAAUUGCCACCCAGCUAAAGGAUCAAUCUUACUUCUAGUUCAGCUGCCAUUAUGGGUGUGUCUGUCGUUAUCACUGAGGAAUAUGACCGGGACUUUUGGUGGAGCGGUCUACCUCGAUCCAGCUAGUGUUGUCCCAGGCCUGUCAACAGAGGGCGCUCUUUGGCUGACAGACUUGACCCUGACUGACCCCUACUACAUCCUUCCUGUCCUAGUUGGACUCCUGAACCUCUGUAAUAUCGAACUGAUGGCCUUACAGUCGAAUCAAGCCUCCAGGACGCAACGUUACUUCACCAACUUCCUGAGGGGAGUCUCAGUGUGUAUGAUACCAAUAUCAGCUUAUGUUCCAACGGCGAUGACGCUAUACUGGGCUACGUCAGCGUUCUACGGCCUCGGUCAAAAUCUGCUUCUGAAGUUCCCGACCGUCCGCUCUGCCCUUCGUAUUCCCUCGGCGCCGUCGGACAGCGAGACGCCGUUUAGAGAUAUGAAGGAUGAGAUUAGGAGAAGGUAUCUUGGGAGGAUGGAGGAGGAGGUUGCAGGAGUGGAGGAUGAUGGAGAGGAAGAGGAGAUGGGCAAAGAUGAAAUAAAAAGGUCUCCGAGGAAAGGCAAAUAGAUUAGAAGGGAAUCUCAUUUCAUUUUCUCUCAACCCUUGUUUGAGAGUACUGCAUCACGAGCUCAGGUUAUUGAUUGAAACGAAUGGUUUACUUCUCAUAAACUGGUUAUUAUUAAACACCACUAUAUAGCUUACAUAAAAGGCUACAUAUUUAUUUAAAUUUUUAAAGGG